AUGAAAUUAGCGUAUUGGAUGUAUGCAGGGCCUGCUCAUAUAGGUACAUUAAGAGUGGCGAGUUCAUUUAAAAAUGUUCAUGCUAUUAUGCACGCGCCUUUAGGCGAUGAUUAUUUUAAUGUAAUGCGCUCUAUGUUAGAACGAGAACGCGAUUUUACACCCGUAACCGCAAGUAUCGUUGAUCGUCAUGUUCUUGCUCGGGGUUCUCAAGAAAAAGUUGUCGAAAAUAUUACUCAAAAAGACCAGCAACAAAAACCUGAUUUAAUUGUAUUAACACCAACUUGUACUUCAAGUAUUUUACAAGAAGACUUACAAAAUUUUGUAAAUCGUGCAUCUUUAGAAUCUAAUUCAGAUGUAAUUUUAGCUGACGUUAAUCAUUAUCGAGUGAAUGAAUUACAAGCAGCAGACCGGACACUUGAACAAAUUAUUAGAUUUUCAGUUGAAAAAGCACGUAAAAAUAAUGUAUUAAAUACAGAAAAAACUAUUAAACCUUCUGCUAAUAUUCUUGGGAUUUUUACAUUAGGAUUUCAUAAUCAACAUGAUUGUCGAGAAUUAAAAAGACUUUUAAAUGAUUUAGGAAUCUCAAUUAAUGAAAUUGUUCCAGAAGGUGGGUCGAUUAAAAAUUUAAAAAAUUUGACUAAAGCGUGGUUUAAUCUAGUUCCGUAUCGAGAAGUAGGUUUAAUGGCGGCAAAUUAUUUACAAAACGAAUAUUCCAUGCCUUAUGUUGGAAUAACCCCAAUGGGUAUCGUAGAUACAGCUAAUUGUAUUCGUGAAAUUUCUACUAUUAUUAAAAACCAAAACCCUGAUAUAGAAUUUAAUACAGAAAAAUAUAUUGAUCAACAAACAAGAUUUGUAUCCCAAGCUGCGUGGUUUUCGCGUUCUAUUGAUUGUCAAAAUUUAACAGGGAAAAAAGCUGUGGUAUUUGGUGAUGCAACACAUGCAGCUAGUAUGACAAGAAUAUUAGCGCGUGAGAUGGGGAUUAAUGUUUCAUGUGCUGGUACAUAUUGUAAACACGACGCAGAUUGGUUUCGUGAACAAGUUCAAGGAUUUUGUGAUCAAGUUUUAAUUACUGAUGAUCAUACUCAAGUUGCAGAUAUGAUUUCUCGCAUUGAACCUUCAGCUAUUUUUGGUACUCAAAUGGAACGUCAUAUUGGAAAACGGUUAGAUAUACCAUGUGGUGUUAUUUCAGCACCUGUACAUAUCCAAAAUUUCCCAUUAGGUUAUAGACCGUUUUUAGGUUAUGAGGGUACGAAUCAAAUUGCUGAUUUAGUUUAUAAUUCGUUCACAUUAGGGAUGGAAGAUCAUCUAUUAGAAAUUUUUGGUGGUCAUGAUACAAAAGAAGCAAUUACAAAAUCACUUUCUACAGAAUCUGGCUGUAGUUGGUCACCCGAUGGGUUAGCGGAGCUUAAAAAAAUACCAGGUUUUGUUCGUGGAAAAGUUAAACGUAAUACGGAAAAAUUUGCUCGUGAACGAAAUAUUACUGAAAUUACAGUAGAAAUAAUGUAUGCGGCGAAAGAAGUUAUUGGUGCAUAG